AUGCCGCUCUUGCCUCGUCCUACCAGCGAAAUCAUCAUUAUAACAGAACGUGAUCUCCUCGCCCACCGCAAUGUCGCAAGUGGCGAAGCAGGCGAUUUCCCCCGCCUCGACGUUGCUGUCUGGGAUGUUGGGUUGGGCACGCAGGAGUGGUUGAGGCACGAGAGCAGCACGAAGAUGCCGUGGCCGCUGGGGUUGGGGAGAUCGAAGGAGUUCUUAGCACGGGUGUGGGUUAGGCGUGUGAAUUGUUGGUCGAGUGUAGAUGUAGGCGUUCAUCUUGUGCUUGCCGUAGAAGCCCUAGAUCAAACCACGUAUGGACAUGAGCGGCCAGUCACGCACCUAGACACCUUAGGAAUUCUAAUGCAGAUAUAA